UGGCGAGUAAUGAGCACGGGGAAGCGGGACCUCGCGCCUCAAUGUUCCAGGCAGCCCUGCCAGAAGCGCGAGAGAAGCGGAGGCAGCCGGCUCGGCCGCAGCUAUUGGGGUUCAGGAAAUAACGGGGAGCAGGCAGGACAGGCAGAGACGCGCAGACGGCAUGGACGGACACACAGGCGCUCAGACAGACAGGUGAACCCAGAAAGUAACUAUUCAUUAACAACGCAGGGUCCGCAGGUUUUCUUUCUUUCUUUAUUUUAUUUAUUUAUCUAUCGAUCGACUUCGCUUUAAUUACGACUCCCGGGCUCAGAUUGCGACGGGACAAGCCGACGUAGGAGGAGCCGGAACAACCCCGCUUUUCGUCCAGGGAAGAGGGCUCCCCCCUUCCCAACCCCCCCCACCCCCCCAGCACCCCACCACCUGCCCCCGCCGCCGGUGGCCGUCCCCGCGCUCUUUAUUUCAUUAACGGCCUAUUAAUUACCGAGCGUGUUAAUUGGUCGCGCUGCGGCCCCGGCAGCGCCGAGUCCGGACACAUGAACUGAGACCGGAGCGGACCGAGAGCCGGCCAGCUCCCCGCAGAUGCCGGUGCGGCGGAACCUCACCUCCCCGCCGCUCCUGCCCCAGAUAUUAAUAUUCAUCGGACCGCGGCUGCCGCGCUUCUGCUCUCGCCGCCAGAGCCUCUGCGAGCAGCGAGGCGGGGGGCACCGAGGCCAGCCAGCGCUCCCUCUCCGCACCUGCCCGGCUCUCCGGCCGCCCAUGCCCGGCUCCGCGCGGGCGACAGAGCGACCACCGGCCGGCCCCGCGAGCGCGGGCAUGACCGCAGCGCAGCCGCGCGGGCUCUGAGCUCGCCGGGGACCCGCUCCCCCGCAGACCAAAGACACCCAGCCCCCCAAAAACAACACAAAACAAACCAAAAAAAAAACAGCGACAAAGCGGAAGGCGACGCUCGUUCUUCUUCUCCUUCUUCGCCACCGUCUGUCCUCUGAAGAAUUUUAAACAAAGAGACUUUUCUCCAAAGAACCAUGUUCGUGCCUCUGCCUGUGCCGUUCGUGUUUCAGAGAACCGCCUCCGACCUCGCAGCCUGGCGACUCAAGUCCCCGCUGGCCCUCCGCUCCGGGAACGAUAUCAGGAUGUCGAAGCCGGCAGAGGCUGAGAAGUCAGGGGUAGACUCUUCUCAGCUGGAGAGCACAGACUCCGAGAAGAAUGGUCCAGAUUCCAACCAUCAGGUCCAGCCAAUGAAAGUCAGUCCCUUCGCCCUCUCGCCCACUCUGAGCAGCAACAAGCUCUCUCCUCUUCCUCUCCCCCAGCUGACGGCUCUCUUGCCUGCUCAGCAGCAGCUGUUGCUCCAGCAGGCGCAGGCGCAGCUCCUGGCAGCUGCAGUGCAGCAGUCCCACGCAGCCCACGCAGCUGCUGCAGCCCACGCCACCAAUCAGCAGCAGCAACAGCAGCAGCAACAGCAGCAACAAAGUCAACAGCAGCAGCAGCAGCAGCAGCAAGCGCAACAGCACAGCACACAACCCCCCCCUGAUCCCCAAAAUCCCCACCCACACCACCACCCACCCCAGCUCACCCUCUCUCAGCCAAUCCAGCUCACUGCACAGGAUAUCCAGCAGCUGCUUCAGCUCCAGCAGCUGGUCCUGGUACCUGGACAUCACCUGCAGUCCCCUGCUCAGUUCCUCCUGCCUCAGGCACAGCAAGGGCAGCAAGGUCUCCUAUCAACACCAAAUCUAAUUCCACUACCUCAACAAAACCAAGGGGGCCUGCUGUCCGGCCCACCCAGAAUGGGCCUGCAAGCACAGGCAGUAAGCAGGACAGACUCGGGUCUUAGUAAGUGUAUGGACAGUGUCGUUACCUCUCACCCCGAGGAGCCCAGUGACCUGGAAGAGCUUGAGCAGUUUGCCCGCACCUUCAAACAACGAAGAAUCAAAUUGGGAUUCACACAGUCAGUGUCUGUAUUAACCUUAAAAACCUCUUUGUCCAUCUCUGCAGAGACCAUGUCAAUGGACAGCACUCUCCCCUCCCCCAGUGCGCUGUCCUCCCCUCCGCUGUUCGAGGGGCUGCCUGGACGCCGCAGGAAGAAACGCACCAGCAUCGAGACCAACGUCCGCGUGGCCUUAGAGCGCAGCUUUAUUGCUAACCAGAAGCCUACCUCAGAGGAGAUCCUGCUGAUCGCGGAGCAGCUGCACAUGGAGAAGGAGGUGAUUCGUGUGUGGUUCUGCAACCGGAGGCAGAAAGAGAAACGCAUCAACCCUGCCAGCGCCACACCCCCCCUGCCUAGCCAACCCCCCACGCCGCACAAACCCACCUGCUACAGCCCGCACAUGGUACGGCCCGCACUCACAGCCUGACCCACCGCACCCCUGCACGAGCCCCUACACACACUCACUCACCCCUGCUCGAGCCUGGACAUGGUACAUCCUGCAUGCCUUCCUACUCCCCCCUGGCCCUCCGACACUACUCCCCCCUUUACAGCCUUGGUAUCUCCUGUGCUGCUUUAAAUCUCUUCUCCCCCUUCUCUAAACAUCCAUGGUACGGUCUGGAUACUGGAUACAGA